UUGCCAUGCAGAGCACAGUCCUCAUAGACAGUUCUGACACAGUGUAGCAUCAUGAGGCUACUACUUGCAACCUUGUUUUUGGCUCAGCUAUUCUUUGGUUCGGCUUUCAUCAUAGCACACUCUAAACCUAGUGGCAGGGUAAUAAACUGUGAUGACGCAGAGGCGCAUGAGGCAGCUGCUGUGGCUGUUACUCACAUUAAUAGUCAUCACACAACUGGAUACAAGUAUACCUUAAAUCAGGUUGAGAAAAUUCGAGCGGUGCCUUCGAAUGACAACAGUGAGAGUUUCUUCUUGGAGUUAGAUCUCUUGGAGACUAAAUGUCCAUCUGUGAGUCCAACACCAUUAGCGCAAUGCCCUGUGAGACCGGUGAUUGAACAGGCAGUGGAAGGUGAUUGUGAUGUCAGACUCAGCAAGAUAAAUGGCACCUUUGCAGUCCUUGGUACUAGGUGCAAGUCUGAACUAGAUUCAGCAGAAAACUUGCAAAGGAUUUGUCCUGAUUGCCCUAUGUUGGCUUCUCUUAAUAACAGCCAAGUCAUUCACGCAGUUGAUGUGUCGCUUCAUAAAUUUAACAGUGGGAACAAUACCGUGUCUUAUAGACUCCACGAGAUUGGCCGUGGACAGAUUCAGGGUGGCAUAAGCAAUACAGUAAGUGUGGAGUUUAUUAUUGCAGCAAGUAAUUGCUCCAUAGAAGAUGCAAAUGCUGGUGUUGUUGCCUGUGUAGAGGAAACUGGUGCUAGUGCACAUUAUGGAGCUUGUUCUGGAACUGUUGUCAAACAUCAUGAUGCAGUAGAUGAAGAUGUUGCUGUGCAAUGUACAAUCUAUGAACCACAGAUAAAAACGGGUGCUCAAGCAGGUGAACAACAUGUCCCGCAUGUCCCACUGGCUCCAACGAAGCCGAAUGUCCCUCAUUCACAUUUCCACCAUAGCCUUUAUUUUUCUUCUGAAUCUGAAUCUGCUGAACACCAUUUUCUGGUAUCUCCUAAAAAACAAGCUGUCAAGAGGUCAUUGACUGGUGAACCUGUACUGCCCAGUUUGCCUGCUAAUGUCCCAAUAUGUCCUGGGAAAAAAAUACACUUCUAACUUGUUUCAAUGAUGUGAAAAAUCUUGCAAUAAUUAUGUAACCUUAUUUCGGUAUCACGACUCUGGGUCGACACCAAUUAGGUCGACAUCCCCCAAAAAAAGGUCGACAUGGGUUUUUCAAAAAAUUUUCUUUCUCAACUUUUUCAUACUUUACGAUCCAUGUGGACUACGAUUGGGAAUGGUAACCUGUGCUGAAAGCAGCGGCAGUGCAGCGAGGCACCUUGCCCACAGGGAUGCCGUGCACUAAUUGGGGUUCCUGGUCACUUGACAGAGAAAACUACACAAAAAAACAUGAAAAACCAAUGUCGACUUUUUUAUGUCAACCUUUUUUCAUGUCAACCUUGUUCACGUCGACCUAAUGUACGUGUCGACCUAGCCACUGUCGACCAAUGGGUGUCGACCUAAUUGGUGUCGACCCUGCAUCCCAUACCCUCUUAUUUCACCCACAUGGUUGUUGUAGUUUAUUAAAAGGUGCAAACCCCUAAUAAUAUUUUGACCUAAACAUAUACCAUCUGACAAAAGUAAAUUAGUUUAAUAUAUUCUUACUGUUUAUAUUCUUAAGAUACAGCUGGACAACUCAGAUUUUCUCUGAUUUCUGUUCUACUGAUGUUACUCAAUUAUCUGAGGUGCUCAAUUUAUCUCCCAAUAAUCCCUUUUAUUGGGAAUCAAAUCUCACUGGUUUUUUUUUCUCUUAAGUAAUCCCUCUUUUAGGGCUAUGGAAAAGAUGUAUAAUGAAAAAUUAAUCAACUGGUAUCAAGAUUGCCUACAGUAUUUGGGUCAGACCCCAUACCUAGAACUCAGUUUAAUAAUGUGGUUGUUUUUAGCAAAAAUGCACUUUUUUUUCCAAUAUGCACUGAUAGUGAGUACCGGAAUGUCAGCUAAAGUAAAUGGAGAGUCAUUUAUAAACAGAAAAUAACAUUAGAUUUCUGCUUCCCUGUUACAUUGACCUGGAAAGUUGUGUACUCUCGGACAGUAGCACAUAAUUGUAGAUUCAUAAACAAAGUGCAGGAGGAGCUCUCUCGCUACUCUAUGCUUCAAACUUAUGCUAUGUACUAAGCAGUGAAAAAAGUGGAGAAGUGAGCCAAUGGAGAAGUUGCCCAUGGCAACCAAUCAGCUGCUCUGUAUACUUUUAUGGUAUGAAAAUUCUUAAUGUUACAUCAAUACUGAUUGGCUGCCAUGGGCAACUUCUCCACUGGCUCACUUCUCCACUUUUAUCACUGCUUAGUACAUGUCUCCCUUAUUUAUCUGCUAGAGCAUGAAUUAUCUUGCUUGACUUUCCUCCUACCUGCUUGACAUACCCAAUUCAUACACAAAUGCCUCUUAUAAUGUAUUUGAUUUUACAAUCUCUAUAAGUACCUCUCUUUGGCUGUUUGGGGUAUGUAUUCUGUAUCUUAUAAAUGCUAAGUAAUUAAAGUGUAUAAAAUUCGAACAUUUUGGUUGUAGUAGUAAAUGCUUAGGAAAAGUUACUUUAGGACAAAUAUUUGAUUUUACAUUUACGGUAGUGCUAGUCCUGCAUUUACGCCAGUUUUAAACCACUGACUUCUACAUAUUAAGCCAAUUAUUUACUGUCAUUGCUCAAUGAUGCAAAUACACAGGUAUCCAUAACAACCAAUCACCAAUUCGCUUUUAUUUGUCCAUUGCAAUUUAUCUGAAGACAUUUAAUAUCAGAAUACUAUGAUCUUCAUUUUGCACCUUUCAGCAAUGUUAUUAAAUUACCCUUACUGAGUUAAUUAUACAAUUUGUAAAAAUAAGUCAAAAUUAGAGAUGAGCGGGUUCGGAUUUACUCGGUUCUUUACGCCAGAAUUAUCGCCAUUUCUUAUUUUCUGGAUUCUUCUUAUUGGUUAACCAAAACACGUGACGUCCGAUAGCCAAUAAGGAGAUUCGGGUAAAUCCGAGUAAAACCGAACUCGCUCAUCUCUAGUCAAAAUACAACUAAUGGCUUUCUGACAAAUCAUUUUGGUGAAUGGUAAAGGGGCCCAUACAUUAACAAUCUAUCGACAAAAUCCUGUGUUUUGCCUAUGAUUGUGUCUGAUGAUCGGCAAAAUCCAACAUGAUGGAAAUUCUCGAUUUGCCAAUUCCGAUCCAAAAAUGAUUGUAAUUGUCAAGUUGGAGAUUUUGAACAUGUUGGAUUUUGCCAGAUUGGCCAUUGGAGAAUUGGGGAUUCACCCCUUUAGCCACAAUAGUCAUUCUACAGAUUAGAAAGCAUUCAAGAGAAACUUUGUUGCCUUAAAUCCAGAGGCUAAAAUGUAUGGUAUACACACACUUCAAACAUGUGGGAAAAAAAGGGACUAGGGUACUUAAUUUCAUUGAUACUAGCAUGUACUGCUAGAAUUACAGGUGCUGACCUAGUCAUUAACUGCUGGGUAUAAAUUAAUUUUAGGAGACAGCCAGUGUACAGUUAAUAUGUAUGUCUUUCCCCCAAGUUAACAGAAAUUGCACAUUGCAUGGUGAAGUGAUAUUACAUCAACAUGCGUUUUAGCUGUAACAUUUUACAUGUCUCCUAAAGUUAAACAGAUUACUAAAACUCACUGGUGCUAAUUUCUUUACUAAUAAAGUUUGACAACAAAA